UGACUCGCUCAAGGGCCUGGGGAGAGUGUUUAGAGGCGGGUUCGUGUAGUAGUAAAAUGGCGGCCAUAUCCUAAUUGAACUCGUCUAAAGAUCUGCUCUGAAAAUGCCUAUGGCUUCGCCGAAAAUUUACGGCCUUCGCUCACCACAGGAAUUACAAAAUAGGUCGCAAUCUGCAAGCAGAGAUCCCGGCCUGAAGAUUCUUCGUGUAAAAGUUGUAGCAGGCAUUGAUCUGGCGAAGAAGGAUAUUUUCGGUCUUAGUGAUCCUUAUUGUAAAAUAAGACUGUUUAGAGGAGAUCGGACUGCAGGAGAGAUUGAUUCUAUUACCACGGAAACCAUAAAGAAGACAUUGACACCAAAAUGGAAUGAGGAAUUUCUCUUUAGGGUGAAUCCUAUUGAUAACAGACUGCUUUUUGAAGUAUUUGACGAGAAUAGGCUAACAAGAGAUGAUUUUCUUGGUGAAGUUGAGAUUCCAUCACUUGGAAGCUACCCAACUGAGAGACGGAAUGUGAGAAUACUUGAUAAAGACUACAGGCUUAGAAAGAGGAGUGAGAGAUCACGAGUCAAGGGCCAUCUAAGGCUGCGGUUGUCGUUUCUGCCAGAAGAGCCACCUCAACAAACAACCACUGGAGAGGACUUUGUGAUGGUAGAUGCAGCUUCAGCUAUACCAUCCUCAGCCACAGCAUCCAGUUCUCAAGCAGCCCAACCAACUCGACAGACUCAGCCCAUAGACAUAGCGUCGAGAGUCCAGCCAUCUGCUCCCACGCCUGAGGGCACACCAGUUCUGGUACAGUCUUUGCCUGAUGUAGAAGAGCCCUCAGCUUCUGCUAGAAGCUCAGCAGAGCAGCCACCUCCACUUCCAGAAGGCUGGGAAGAGCGACAGGAUGCUAAUGGAAGAACCUUCUAUAUCGACCACACAACAAGGACCACCACUUGGGUUCGACCGUCAAGUGAAUCCACAUACCAGAGGGAACUUCAACGGGAGGAAAGCGGGAGAGCGAGGAGCUUUCAGAUAAGACGUCACCUGAGUGUGGACGAAGCUGAUGAUAGUCAGAGGUCAUCAACAGGAGAUAUGGAAAUCUCUGAGGAGACUCAAACGCCGACAACAUCUCGCCCCAUCCACAUCACAAAUCAGCCAAUCACUGAAGAGGAAACAACACAGAAUGCAUUGAUGGAUCCCUUGCCUCCGGGCUGGGCUGUGCAGAGGGCACCCAAUGGACGGCUCUUCUUCAUCGACCACAACUCUAGAACCACCACAUGGCAUGACCCUAGACUUACACAUCUUAGCCAAUCACCGCCUAGCGCCCUUCCCCCAUCAGCUCCGCCGGCCCAAGACCUGGGCCCAUUACCUGAUGGAUGGGAAGAAAGAAUACACUCAGAUGGAAGGGUAUUUUACAUUGAUCACGAGACACGCUCAACACAAUGGGAAGAUCCCCGGUUGCAGCUGAGCACUACGUCUCAGGCGGUGCCUUACUCUCGGGACUAUAAGCGCAAGUGUGAUUAUUUUAGAUCCAAGCUUAAACGACCAAGUAAUGUCCCGAAUAAGUAUGAGAUUCACAUUCGCCGUCGGAACUUGAUGGAGGACUCGUUUCGCGCUGUUCAGCUUAGCAUCGUUAAGCCAGAGAUCCUCAAGAGCAGACUGUGGAUCGUUUUUGACGGCGAGACCGGUCUUGACUAUGGCGGUCUGCAGAGAGAGUGGUUUUAUCUGCUGUCCAAAGAAGUGUUCAACCCAUACUAUGGACUCUUUGAAUACUCGGCAAGUGAUAACUACACCCUACAAAUCAACCCAAACUCGGGACUUUGCAACGAGGAGCAUCUGAGUUAUUUCAAGUUCAUCGGCCGAGUGGCUGGAAUGGCUGUAUACCACGGCAAGCUCUUAGAUGCGUUCUUCAUUAGGCCAUUCUACAAGAUGAUGUUGGGUAGACCUAUUACGUUAAUCGACAUGGAGAGCGUGGAUUCUGAAUAUUACAACAGCUUGAACUGGAUUUUAGAGAAUGAUCCUGAAGACUUGGAUCUGCACUUCUGCGUAGACGAGGAGCUCUUUGGCAUUCUCAGUGUCAAGGAUCUCAAACCGAAUGGCUCACAGACCAAUGUGACCAACGAAAACAAGAGGGAAUAUAUUAAUUUAGUAAUAAAAUGGCGAUUCGUCAGCCGCGUUGAGGAUCAAAUGAGAGCAUUUAUGGAGGGUUUCUGCGACUUGAUUCCACACAAUCUUAUCCAAAUAUUCGACGAGCGAGAAUUAGAGCUGCUGAUGUGCGGCUUAGGAGAGAUUGACACUGUUGAUUGGCGUAAAAACUCGAAUUACCGUGGCGAGUACCACGACAAGCACAUCGUGAUUCAGUGGUUUUGGAAGGCUGUCAACUCAUUCGAUAUUGAAACGCGUGCAAGGCUUUUGCAGUUUGUCACGGGUACAUCACGUGUUCCUAUGAAUGGCUUCUCAGAGCUUUACGGUAGUAAUGGGCCGCAGAGGUUUACGAUAGAACCGUGGGGAACCCCCCACUCGUUACCAAGAGCACACACCUGCUUUAACCGUCUUGACCUUCCACGCUACAGGAGUUAUUAUGAACUAAGAGAAAGACUGCGAAUUGCAAUUGAGAACACUCAGGGAUUUGAAGGAGUUGACUGAGACAUUUAGAGAAGAAAGCGUGAUUUGUUUGAUAUCAAACAAGUAUGUAGAUUUGAUAGCUAGGUAUUUUGAAAGUGGAAAUAACGACGAGGACAUGCUGCUCUUUGAGCAAGGAUUUAGGGUGUCUUUAAGACAUACUGAGAGAUAUCAGGACCAAAUACAGCAGGGAAUUUGUGGUGAAUGAGCAAAGCAAACAAAAGGCAUCAGGUUAUUGAAAGAAAAUCUAUUGAUCGAAUUGCACAUAUUACACGUAUUACUCUUAUCUUCAUUAUUAUUAAUUUAUGACUUGUAGCAUAUCUGGACUGCAUAGCAAUUUUAAAUAAAGUGCAAGUAUUUUUGUCAAAGAUAAAAAAUAAAUUAGUACCAUGAUCAUGAAAAUACUGUAGCAUUAGGUUAAGUGUAGGUUACUCUGAAGCUCACCUGGAAAAAAAACGUAAUAAGAAUUGAGGAUGAGUAAGAAUUGAAGAUGAAGCAAAAUGGAUAUUACUGCGUCACUGCCUGGAAAUAGUUUAAAAUCCCAAAUGUUUAGAAACUAUUUUAAGGAAUUGAAAAAAAAAAAAUAGGAGCCAUGAUUAUUAUCGUUAAUCUACCAAUUUCUUAUGUUAUUGUCAAAUUGAAAGUGCAUAAUAAACGCUGCGUUUAUGUA